UCACUACGACGGAUUAGAAUGAAGUGUCGAUUGACGUUCUUGAAUUUACUUCAUUUAUUAAUAUUCGUGCAAUGUGAACUGUUUUGGAAUUUCCCACGUAAUUCAAGGGAAGUUUUUCACGCCUAUGUGAAUGAAAAAGCACAUACUAUACAAGUAUUUCCGUCAAUUCAAGUAAAACUAAUCAAUGAUUCGAAACUAUGUUCCAUCUCAUUACUGUCAUCUGGCAGAAAUAGUGUUCCUAACUUUAUUCAUAGUAAUGUUUUGAAUCAAGAGAAAGGAUAUGGUUAUUUAACUUUCAAUGAAACAUUAUAUCGUCAUGCUAAACAUUUUGGUAGUUUAGAAGCUAGAACAGGAUUUUAUCAUUUGAGAAUAAUAGCUGAAGACUGUUCUGAUCCACCAAAGUCGACAAAAUCUUGGCCAAUCACAUUUGAACAUAUUCAAUCUGAUUUACCAAUUUGGUCUAAAACAAAAUAUGCAUUUGAAAUAGAUUCAUUACAUAGACCAGGUCAUGAAGUUGGCAAAGUGACAGCAUACACAUCAGCUAUAAAUAUGACAGAAAAUGAUAAUUUUUUAUACGGUGAUAAUACUGGUAUGUGCGCCUAUACAAUACAAGAUCCAAGUUAUUCAUUUGCGAUUGAUGGGCACGGU